UGUAUCCCAGGCUGGCCUCAAACUCCCUACAGCCAAGAAUGACCUUGAACUUCUGAUUCUUGUGCCUGCACCUCACCGAGGGCUGGGAUUACAGGUGUUACCACCUCGACCAGUAUAAUGUGGUACUGUACUGUGGGAUAUUUGUACACUGUGUGAAGAUGGGUCAUUGUGAUUGCUUUAAUAAAAAGCUGAAUGGUCAAUAGCUAGGCAGGAGAGGUUAGGUGGGACUUCCUAGCAGAGAGAGGAACUCAGGGGGUGAAUCUAGGCAUGCAGCAUUGGCUAGCGAGACAUGGAAGGAGUCAGAUGUACAGAAUGGAGGAGAGAUAAAGAGCCAGGUGGCAGAAUGUGGAUGACUAGAAAUGAGUUCAUUGAAGUUAUAAGAGUGAGUGGGACAAGCCUAAGCUAAGGCCAAGCCUUUGUAAUUAAUAAAGUCUCUGAGUCAUUAUCUGGGGGCUGGCAGUCUAAAGAAAGUCUGUCUACAGUACUGAGAAUGGAACCCAGGGCUUCAUGGGUGAGCACUCUACCAACUGAACUAUAUUCCCAGCCGCCAUCUUUAAGUACGUGUGCGUCAAAUUACAUAGUAAUUAUCUCCUUCCUUCUUCUCUCCCUCCCUUCCCUCUGUUUAGACAGGGUCUCUCUUUGUAGUCCAGGCUGACCAUGGACUCUUGAUCCUCCUACCUCAGCCUCCCAAGGAUUACAAGCAGGCAUGUACCAUCAUGAUGCCUGGUUUGGAUGCUAUGUUUCUAGGAGAUGAAUUUACUCAUCAUUUUUCCCAUGUUCUUCUUCAACUAGGAAAGCCUAGUUCAAUUUGAUCUCUCUGGGACCUUAGGGCCUUUGAGUUCAUGCAGGGUGACCUUUCUCCUGACUCUCCACUCCACUAAUUGGCAUUUUAUCAUCCAAGGACUCGGGUCACAUGUCAUUCAAAUGGAAACAUCUGGUCCCUCCAACUAGUCUGCAGGUAACCCUGGGCAGGGGCAUACCUUGCUUCUUGAGGCAAGAAAACAGGUGAACCUGGGAAUGACUCCCACUGCGGGUCCCUCUUGCUGAGACUGAGGCCAGUCUGCAAUGUGUCCUCUGGCAGGCCUGGCUCUGGACUUCAAGGCCAUUGUAUCGCUCAGUCAUCUUGGCUGCUUGCCCCUCUGCGUCCACCCUCCUUCCUACCCUGGGGUGACUUUUUUUCGUCUUUUUGCCUGGCAAGAGAAAUCUGGCAACUUCCCACUCCUCUCCCGAUGCGACUGUGUGACUCUUUUGCAUCUAGAGAGGCCACUGCAGCCUGUUCCCCGAGAACUCCUGGCUGCCUUCCAGAGAGGUGGCUUCCCUGACGCGCUGCUCUAGAAGGUCACCUGUGCUAGGCAAAGGGACAACCGAGCCCCAGCACAAGGCAGUGCGUACUGUCCUGACACCCUUCAAGAGCUCCCCAUUAACUGUCACCUCUGAGAAGCAAUCAAUCCACUCUGUAAUCAUUCUCUUGAGGGGCCUGGGGAGUGAUUGAUGGGUCCAGUUGUUUUAGUAUUAGCCAGUGUAAGUUAAGUAAGUCAAAUCAAUAAACUUUAUAGGUCUCCCCAGAUUGCUCUAGAGGUGAGACCCAGUUGCGUUCACCUCAAUAGAUUUAGACCUUUGCCUGAGGAAAAAUCAGGAGUCACCUGGGGAAACAGUUUGAUUUCUCCUGGAGAGACUCUCUUAGUGCCCUUGAGCCUGUCGUGACUUAAAUCAAUAACUUUAACAGCUUCCAAGAAAUCCGUUGCUGCUGGAGUGUCUCCAUGCUGCUGUCUGCUAUCCCAGGCACACGAUGACUCCAGACACCUGACUGAAGGAGGCAAAGGGGUGAUGACCAAAACCCCUGCCUGAGCCAUCUCUGGGUGCCCCACACAGGACUGCUAGCUCAGGCCUUUGUCCCUGCCAGAGCCCUUUCUCCUGUCUGUCUGUCUGUCCGUCUGUCCUAGAUUUUCUAUAAGAAAAAACGAGCCUGAGUAGAGUAAGAGAGUAAAAUGGUUGUACGGUCCAGUCUCAGAAACCAGCAGCCCUUGCGGCAUGGCUGACCGACUGACUGAGGAACAGACGGCGGAAUUCAAAGAAGGUGUUUCACUCUUUGUCAAGGAUGAUGAUGGGACUGUAACAGCUGCGGACUCUGAUGAGGGCUCCUGGUCAGAAGCAGAGCUACAGGACAUGAUCAGUGAAGGAGACGGAGAUGCUGAGGGCGCAACUGACGUCCCUGAGUUUCUGACAAUGACGGCAAGAAAAAUGGAAGACCCAGACAGCGAGGAAGAAAUCAGGGAGCAUUCCGCGUGUUUGACAAGGGACAGCGGUGGCCGUAUCAGUGCAUUAGAGCUUCUCCAUGGGAGGACAAAGCUUGGAGAGAAGGUAACAGAUGAAGACGUUGAUGAAAUGGUUGGGGAAGCAGGUAUCGAUGGUCAGGUAAACCAUGAAGGGUUUGUACGGACGAUGACAGCCAAGUGAAGACAUUGUACAGAAUGCGUUAACUGCCUUCUACAACACUGUUUAUCUGCCUUUUCCUUGUAACUUAUCUGUAAAAGGCUUCCCCUUACUGUCAAAAAAACCACGCAUGUGUAGUAAUUAGGACUUCGUUCCUCCACGAUUCCUCCCCUUAUCUCACGCUCGUUGUCCUUAAACCUUAUUUUAGAACACUGAUCAAGUAACAUGUUCCAUGUGGCUUCCUCUCAAUAUGUCAAGCCCUUCUGCGCAUCUGAACUUAGCUGGAGUUGGUCACCUGAGGGAUCGUCUGGGUUGUGCCUUUUUUAAAGUCGAUUUUAGGAACUGUCAGCAUGUUGUUGUGGAAGCGUGGAUAGUCAAGGAUGUGCACUUAAAAGCUGCACUGUUGCGAAACGCCUUCUAUCCAGGCAUACUCCUAUACUGGUUUUUUUUUGUACUGAUGAUAUUUAUUGUACAAGAAACAUUUUCUUUUAUUGU